UUGCUGUUUCUGGGGUCAGCUGGGUUUUGGCUUGUAAUAAAAAUAUUUGUCAAGUUAUUUUUGGGCUCAUUGAACGAGGAGGUAGAGACUACAGAGGGUGAGCUUAUUCCUUUUGAGAGGCACCUUCUUUUCCUACCCCCACACCUGCAUUUUCUCAUUUGUCCUUCUACGUUCCAUCACCUCAAAAUCUCACUGAAAAGAAAACGAGUUAUAAGAGAGAGAGAGAGAGGGAAAGAAAAGAAACAAAGAAAGAAAUUUGAUAUAUAUUAUGUUGUCAUUCCGUUACUGCUGAAACCUCACCUCACCUCACCUCUAUCUUCUCUCUUAUUUACUUACACAAAACACAUUUCUUUUCUCCCACUUAAAUUGGCAAACUUGUCCCUCCAUAAACCAUUUAUCUCUACCCCUUUUGUUCUUUCACAUCUUUCUUCACUAAUUUGCAAUUUCACUAAAACCACUUUCACUUUUUACUCACUGAAAUGGGUUGUGAACUGAGUGUCAUAUGGAGCAGCAGCAGCAGCAGCCGCAGAAUUUGUUAUUUCGUCGUCUGUUUUCUGUUUCUCUCAUUUCUAAGCUCUACCCAAUUGAGAUUCAUGGCUCAUGCCAGGGUAAUUCCCAAAGAGAAAAACCUUUCCCGUUCCCAUUCCCAGACAGUAAGUGAAGACAAAGUCAUGGUAAGAGCAAGAAUUGGUUCGAGGCCUCCGAGGUGUGAGAGAAGAUGUAGUUCGUGUGGACACUGCGAAGCUAUUCAGGUUCCAACAAAUCCACAAGUGAAAUCUGGUACUUCCAAAAGAUCAUUCAAUAAGGUUUCCAACACCCAAUACGCAAGAGGCGAUGACAACAACUCUAACUACAAGCCCAUGAGUUGGAAAUGCAAAUGUGGCAACUUCAUUUUCAACCCAUAAUAAUGAUCAUCAUCAACUCAUUUUCAUACCAAUUUUUGUAUUUUUCUUCACUGUAAAUAGCAUUAUUAUAGCUUCUAAAUAAGUUUUUAUUUCUUUCUUGUUCGUUUUCCGGUAUCUUUCGAUCCCCAUUUUGAUCAUCCAAAAAGAAUAUUUUGGAUUCUGCUUUCUGCUUGUACUGAAGUUAUAGUUACUUGAAGAUUUUGAACUGAGCAAGGUUCCAGUCCCUCUGGACUUUCAUCUUCCAAUUA